AUGUUGGCACUUCUCUCCCCUCUUGUUGUCUUUGCCCUUAGUGUUUUCUCGUCAACUUGGGCCCAAACUCCCACCGGAGGUGAAGUAUUCAAAUGCACCAGGUACGCCUUAGCCAACACUACCCGACCUAGUUGUAAUGAGCGUUAUACUUGCGCCGGUCAAUGUACUGGUCCUUUCAUUGCCGCACAAAACUGUUUUUUGCUCAGCAAUAAUACCGAUUUUCUGGGAAACCCUAAACCGAAUACACCAGCCAAUCCUGCAGUACCUAAAGUGAUCUGCGACGUUGGCUAUGGUCGUAAUACUGCCGCAGCCAGUGCAUGCCUCACUAAAACUGGCACUUAUAGUUGCAACGGAGGUCCGGUGGCAGAAACCUACGCCACUUGUUACAAAUGUGUUGUACCCUAA